AUGAGUACCUGGAAUCCACCCAGACUCCUGGACCAAGCAGUGAUGAGCCUGCUGAGGGAUGAGGCCUUGGCCAUUUCUGCUCUGGAGUAUCUGCCCAUCGAGCUCUUCCCCCAGCUCUUCAUGGAAUCCUUCUAUUGGAGUUGCAGAGAGACACUGAAGGCCAUGGUGCAAGCUUGGCCCUUUGUCCGCCUGCCUCUGGGGGGACUGAUGGAGAUGCCUCACCUGGGAACCUUACAAGCAGUGCUGGAUGGACUUGAUGUCCUGCUUUCCCAGAAGGAUCAACCCAGGAGGUGCAAACUGCAAGUGCUGGAUUUAAGAAAUACGGGCCAGGACUUCUGGAGAAUGUGGUCUGGAUCCAGUGUCCAGGUGUCCUCAAGCUCAUUAGAAGAACCAGUGGCUAAGAAGAGGCCAAGAACACAUCGGACUUUGGCUCCCUUGGAGGUGUUCAUAGAACUUCACAUCAAUGGAAGGAUCAUGGAUGGAUUCCUCGCCUACCUCAUGAGGUGGGUAGAGGAGAGGAAAGCUUCCAUACACCUGUGCUGUAAGAAACUAAAGAUAGAGUCAAUGCCCAGAGACAAUAUUAUGAAGAUCCUGAGUAUGGUGCAGCUGGAUUGUGUUGAGGAGGUGCGAGUAAAUUGUACCUGGCGGCUGUCCAGCCUGGCUGUGUUUGCUCCUCUCCUGGGCCAGAUGAGCAAUGUGCAGAGACUCCUUCUCUCUCACACGGACGUGUUUGCACUUGAAGAUCAGGAGGAGCAGCAUGUUGUCCAAAUUACUUCUCAGUUCCUCAGGCUGCACUGCCUCCAGGAUCUCUUUCUGGUAUCUCCCUUCUUCCUGGAAGGAUGCCUGGACCAGAUGCUCAGGUGCCUGACAAACCCCUUGGACACCCUUGGAAUAACUCACUGCCUCCUUACGAAUUCAGACUUGACCCAUCUUUCCCAGUGUCCGAAUAUCAGUCAGCUAAAGGGCCUGAAUCUGAGUGGUGUCACUCUGACCUACUCUAGUCCUGAGCUCCUUCCAGGUCUGCUGGAGAAAGUUGCAGCCACCCUCCAGGAACUGUACUUAGAUCAGUGUGGGAUCAUGGAUUCGCAACUCGAGGCCAUCCUUCCUGCCCUGAGCCACUGCUUCCAGCUUAAUUUCUUCAGCAUACGUGGAAACUUCCUCUCCAUGGCCGUCAUGGAUAAGAUGCUUAGACACACCUCGGCGCUGCCCAGUUUAUGUCAAGAACUGUACCCUGUCCCUCAGGAGAGUUUCAGCUCUCUGGGAAUCCUCCAGCUGGGGAGACUUGCUCAGUGUCGAGCUGAACUGCUCGAGAUUCUGAAGGACUUGGGACAUCCCAGGACCAUCUGGAUUAGUUCCAGCCCCUGUCCUCACUGUGGAGAGGACACAUUCAAUCAUCCUGAGCCCAUCACAUAUGGCAGUAACACCUCUGCCUAG